UUUUAUGUACAUGUUGCACCUCCUCCUCCCACUGGUUGGAAGAAGCUCUCAAACCCCCUCUCCUCUCCUCCUCCCCCUUUCUCAUCUAAUCUCCUCCUCUUCAUAGCUUGCCGUCCUCUCUUCUUCUCCCCUCCCGGCCAUCGCCUUAUCACACACUAGUACAUCAGUACAUGAGCUAGAGAGAAGCAUGGCAGGCCUCGACCUUGGCACCGCCGCGACGCGCUACGUGCACCAGUUCCACCACCUCCACCCGGACCUCCAGCUGCAGCAGAACAGCUACGCCAAGCAGCAGCAUGAGCCCGCCGACGACGACCACAACGGCAACGGCAACGGCGGCAACUACGGCGCCCAGUACGGCGAGAACAACGACGGCGGUUCCUCAUCCUCCGGCCCCGCCGGUGAUGGCGCGGGUGGCGGUGGCGGGGGCGGGCCUGGGGACAUGGUGGCGCGCCGGCCACGGGGGCGCCCCCCGGGAUCGAAGAACAAGCCCAAGCCGCCGGUGAUCAUCACGCGGGAGAGCGCCAACACGCUGCGCGCCCACAUCCUGGAGGUCGGGAGCGGCUGCGACGUGUUUGAGUGCAUCUCCACGUACGCGUGCCGGCGGCAGCGCGGCGUGUGCGUGCUGAGCGGCAGCGGCAUCGUGACCAACGUGACCCUGCGGCAGCCGUCGGCCCCCGCGGGCGCCGUCGUGACCCUGCACGGCAGGUUCGAGAUCCUGUCGCUCUCGGGCUCCUUCCUGCCCCCGCCGGCUCCUCCUGGCGCCACCAGCCUCACCAUAUUCCUCGCCGGGGGGCAGGGGCAGGUCGUCGGCGGCAACGUCGUGGGCGCGCUCUACGCCGCGGGCCCGGUCAUCGUCAUCGCGGCGUCCUUCGCUAACGUCGCCUACGAGCGCCUCCCGCUGGAGGACGAGGAGGCGCCGCCUGCAACGGCAGGCAUGCAGAUGCAGCAGCCCGGCGACGCCGAGGCCGCGGCCGCGGCCGGCAUGGGCGGCGUCCCGUUCCCUCCCGACCCGUCGGCUGCCGGUCUGCCCUUCUUCAACCAGCUGCCUCUCAACAACAUGACCGGCGGUCCCGGCUCGCAGCUCCCGCCCGGUGCCGACGGCCACGGCUGGGCCGGCGGACGGUCACAGUUCUGAAUUCUCACAGGUGCUUGGGAGAUCGGUGUAAUUGCUGUCGGAGGAGAGAAGGCGAGAUCACGAUGAGCAACCACAAGGUUUCAGGGCAGUUUGCAAAAAGGUUAGAGCACGAACGCACGAACGAUCCAAGGAAACAAUCUAUCGUCUACUGCACUAUUUCUAUCUCUGUACAAUUUCGUAGUGUUUUGUCGAUCUCUGAUCAUGUUGUCCUCCUUGUUCUUUUUCUUCUUCUUCUUCUAUUUUCUUUUCUUGUCUCUCCUGAACCUUAAUCUGUGGCCUGUGUAACCUUCUCGAUCUUGAUUUUCAAUAUGGCUUUAAAUAAUUAUCCCUCAA